AUGGUGGAGGAGGGAGGCAGCUUUGGGCUCAGUGCCUGGUGUGGGACCCAGCUUCAGUGGUGGCUGCGUUGCCGAGAUCAGCCCAGCGAGGACUCAUUGCUAAGAUUUUAUAUCAAGGUACCUUUGUACCUUAGACGACACCAGAAUAUACAGGAAAUAGAGAAGGGGCAGAAAAAGCUGGUCCCUGUAAGCCCCAUUCAUUCUGAGGGCACCUGUGGCUGUAACCUCUGCCUGCCUGAGGGCUGCUCAAUCUCCAUGGCGGCUUUCUCUAGCCCCUUGGCUUGCCAUCAGCCCUGCUCCUCCUGCGUCCGUCCACGCUGCCUUAGCAAGGCUGCCACAGCAACCAACAUUCCACCAGCAGCUGUGUACAAAGCCCGAGAAUUGCUGACUUCCUUUGAGAAAGAACAAUUCCAGGUUUUGAUGGAGCAGAAGUUAGUUUCCAAAGCAAAGAGAUUCUGGAGUACUCCAACUCCUGAAGUUGAAUGGAUUUUAUCACAAGUUAAAAAACAUGCUUUGGAGAACAGAGAGCUGGUGGUGGAUAUACUUCUGGAUGAUGGGUUCCUUAUUCCAACGGAGGAGCAGCUGAAAUUUUUAAACAUUGACUGCCCAGGAGAGUUUGUAGAUUUGUCAAAUCCUGGAAUUCCUCGAACGUUCUGUCGCUUCUGGCAGCCUCUUUUUAAGUGCCUCCACACUCGAUAUUUCACACCAGUGCUGCUAGAAAAGCUGUUUGCUGAACUGAAGCUUUGCUGUGACACCUCAGGCCUGAGGAUACAGUAUGUUACGGGCUGGAUCACAGAGAUACUUGCAGCCAAUGCAAAAGCAGGAAAAAGAUUGAAAGGUUUACCACGCAGCCAGAAAAUAAAAAGAAGCAUGUGGCAGUUGUUUUUAUUUCAAUGUCCACUGGACUGGCACGAUCUUCUAGAAAGCUGUCUUGCUGCACCAUGCCAGGCUACACCUCAUCUUCUUCAGCAGAUUUUAACUGAUAUGGACUCUCCAUUACCCAUUUCCACACAACAGAAACUGCUCCAGCUGUGUUCUAUAUAUAUUCAGGAGCCAGGAUCUUUCAGUGUUUCUGACUUUCCUGUUGGCCAUGGCCAGUUACCAGUGUACACUGUGGAAAAUCUCCAACUGAAGAGUGGAAUUGAGUCUCCAAAUGAGUUGACUGAUAUGGCGCACAUGGAGUUUAGAAAGAACAUUGAGCCAUUGAUGAUCCCCACCUCUGGUGAGGAAAUGGCACAAACAGUCAAUCUUGAGAUGUUGUCUGAAAAGAUUCAAGCACUGGAGGGGUCAGUGUGGCAGAUAUGCACAGAUCAAAUUGCAUGGAAGGAUUACCCACUAGGUAAAAUACCAGGUCAAAAAGAAGACCCAGAUUGCCUCUUGGUGGACAAUUACACCUUGAUGCCUGUAUUGCAUCAGCCAAUAACAGAGGACAACUUAGAUGAUUUUAAUCCUGCAUUAAGUGCCACAGGAUUACCUUGCGCAGACUCAGAAGGUUUAUGGUGGACUCAGAGUGACCUGCAUAGACUGAAAGCUGGAUUGAAAUUGUUCUAGUGGGGGGAAAAAACUUCUGAUGUUCCAUUAUUUUGCCUUUUGAAGACCUCUACUCCCCUUCCUCUAAAAAAGCGUGUGCAUAUUUAUGGGUACACUUAUGUAUCAAAGACUGAUUUCUGAAGCAUGAAUUUGUCUUUUUUUUUCUGAUGCUGCUAGAAUGGCUGGCUGUAUUUUUCCAAUAUUUACCAUUUCUUUUAAAGUUAAUUCAUUUAGCUGUCAGCUUUGCAGGUCUAAGGGUACAAUGAAAUGAUACUUUACCACUCACGGCCUGCCCUAGAGCUAGUUUCUUUUAAACUAGUAUUGAAGUUUCUAUCAUUAAUUCAGUCAUUUGUGUUUGUCAAAAUUGUAUAAUGUUGUAUGUGUAAACUAGUAAAUGACUACUUUUUUGUUUAUGUUGCAAAAUAAACAACAACCACCUUGUUCCUGUU